AUCAAUGAGCUCAGCCAGGUGCCUCCCCCGGUGAUGCUGCUGCCAGAUGACUUCAAGGCCAGCUCCAAGAUCAAGGUCAACAAUCACCUUUUCCACAGGGAAAAUCUCCCCAGUCAUUUCAAGUUCAAGGAGUACUGUCCGCAGGUCUUCAGGAACCUCCGUGACCGAUUCGACAUUGACGACCAGGAUUACUUGGUGUCGCUCACCCGGAGCCCCCCGAGCGAGAGUGAAGGCAGUGACGGCGGUCGCUUCCUCAUCUCCUACGACCGGACUCUGGUCAUCAAAGAAGUAUCCAGCGAGGACAUUGCCGACAUGCAUAGCAACCUCUCCAACUACCACCAGUACAUCGUGAAGUGCCACGGCAAGACGCUGCUGCCCCAGUUCCUGGGCAUGUACCGCGUGAGCGUGGACAGCGAGGACAGCUACGUGCUCGUGAUGCGCAACAUGUUCAGCCACCGGCUCCCGGUGCACAGGAAGUACGACCUCAAGGGCUCCCUGGUGUCCCGGGAAGCCAGCAAUAAAGAAAAGGUCAAAGAGCUGCCCACCCUGAAGGACAUGGACUUUCUCAACAAGAACCAGAAGGUCUAUAUCAGUGAGGAGGAGAAGAAAGUGUUCCUGGAGAAGCUGAAGAGAGAUGUGGAGUUCCUGGUGCAGCUGAGGAUCAUGGACUACAGCCUCCUGCUGGGCAUCCACGACGUCGGCCAGGCUGCUGAGGAGGAGGAGGGGCCCGCCCGGGCGGGGGAGGCCGAGGGGGACGGGGGCCGCGGCCCGGGGGGCUCCUACGGCACCUCCCCCGAGGGCAUCGGCGGCUACAUCCAUUCCCAUCGGCCCCUGGGCCCCGGGGAGUUCGCGUCCUCCAUCGAUGUCUACGCCAUCCGGAGUGCCGAGGGGGCCCCCCAGAAGGAGGUGUAUUUCAUGGGCCUCAUUGACAUCCUGACGCAGUACGACGCCAAGAAGAAAGCCGCGCACGCAGCCAAGACCGUCAAGCACGGGGCCGGGGCCGAGAUCUCCACUGUCCACCCCGAGCAGUACGCCAAGCGGUUCCUGGAUUUUAUCACCAACAUCUUUGCCUGAGAGACUGCCCGACUCCACGGCGGCCGGCGCUCUGUGAGAGGUGGUGGGUUCUGAGAGGCGUGGGGGGCGGUGGACGGUCAGGCCGCCGCUUCUUGCCCGCUUUGCUAGAUUCCGGCUGCAAGCCCCAUAUGACUCCGACUUGCGAGAGGGCCCUUCCCGGGCCUCGGAAAUACAUCGGGCAGGUCCUGCCGUCCGCCGUCUGGUCUCCCUCGCUGCCGCCCCUCCGUCCGUGUGUCAGUAGAGUGUUACUGGUGACGCUCCCAAGUGCCUUCAUCCUUCAGCAAACAUCCUGUUGUUCCUGUGCCAUCGGAGGGGCUGGGGGAGGGGUUGUUAGCCACCCUCAGGGCCUGGCUCAGGCAGCCACCCCGGACACGCAUGGCUGUGACAGGUGAACUAAGAACCUUAUAGAACAUGCAGCGUGGCCUUCCCCAUGAGCCGUGGGCGGCGGCGUGGCCUUCCCCGUGAGCCCUGGGCGGCGGUGUGGCCUUCCCCAUGAGCCGUGGGCGGCGGCGUGGCCUUCCCCAUGAGCCCUGGGCGGCGGCGUGGCCUUCCCACGAGCCGUAGGCUUUCACGACACUACAGCUGCGAGUGCAGGACAUGCACAGGGGACUUGCAGCCUGAGCUGGGGGAGGGGUUGGCGGGCUGGCGCCUCGUGGAGGUGAGGGCUGAGAGGGCGCUAGUGGUUGUCCAGGGGGGUUGGAGAAGUUCCUCGACAAUCCCCUGUUCUGAUCUGUCACCCCACUUCUAGCUCCACCCUGCACCUCUGGCCACAGGAGCCCAGAGAUGGCCACGCGGCACAGCCCAGGUGAAGGUGUUAGCUGUUGCUGCGCUUCCCCAGCACCUCACGCCCUCGCUGGGCCUGAGCCUUCAGUGGGGUGUGGCCAGUUCUGGAGGGCGAUGGACAGGACAGGGUGUUCAGGUGCAUUCCUGUUUUAGCCACUCUGAGGUCUUCAUCCCAGCAGCAGGAAGCAUCUGUACAUGGGCUCCCAGGUGGGGGAGCUCCCCGUCAGGGCAGCUCGCACGCCCUGCCCUCACCCCUUCGCCAGCCUUCUUCCAGUUAGGCUUGUUUUGUUCGCUUCUGGCCCGUGAGUCUCCGGGGACAGAUGGUCGUCUUCGUCACCAUCACGCUCCGCCCCCAGAGAGGAGCCACCGGCCCCCUCCACGCCCGGUCGAGCGGCUGUGUGAAGUUCUCAGAAUGUGGAGAGCCCGAAGAGUGUCCUUUCCUCCCCCGGUGCUUUCGGGACGAAGAUGCCAUUUUCUGUGUCACUGGCAGUGUCUGUUCAUUUCCAUAAUGUGAAGGUGGAUUCCGACCUGUGGCCCGGCCAGUGCAUCUCCACGCAUCAGAUCUCCUCUCCCAGCUUCCCCGAAGGAAGUGAUGGGGAGACCCCAAUAUCUUCCUUUAGGGUCCCCGGGGACCACUUUCAUUCCGGCUGCCCACCCUCCCCGUUGAUGCCAUAAAACUGUUACGCCAGCCGGCUGUGCUUUAGAGUGGUUCUGGCCACGUGACUGACGUGGCACGAGCGGUGUGGCUUUUGUCAUCUGUGGGCUGUCUUCAUCGUUUUUGUUUUAUUAAUUAAAAAACGAUCUUGUAUAUUUACUCCCAUUGCUGUCACAAUACAGAAAAUAAAUUAUUGACUUAA